AUGGGGAGCUCGGCGAUGGCGGAUCUGGUGGCUUGGGGCUCGGCGACAGCAGUGACGACGAGAACUGCGGCAUGCGGGUGGAAGGACGGGAGCGGAGCGGCUGGCAGUGGGAAGGCCCGCGGGUGCAGAUCCGGCAAUGAGGAGCUCAGCGGCAACCAAUCUGGCGGCUUGAGGCUCGGCAAUGGCAGCGACGACGAUGUCUGCGGCAUGCGGGCGGAAGUGGCUGGCGGUGGGGAGGGUGGCGGGUGUGGAUCCAUUGAUAGGGAGCUCAACGGCAAUGGAUCUGGCACCGUGGGGCUCGGUGGCGGCAGAUCUGACGCGGGGAAGGGCUUAGGCUUAGAGGCAGUGAGUGAGGGACCCUCCCCCUCCGCCUCCCCCUCCCGCGCGGAUGCUGCCCCCAACGCGCGUGACGACAACGGCGAUGACAAUUAG